CUCGUCAAGCCGUUCAUUUGAUUUGACCAACCGGCCUCAAGCCUCCAGCUCGAUCUAGUAGUUAGCCCACAUCGCGCUCAGCGCUUGGCCUUGGUGCUGUAUCCAUGCGCGUCACAUUGCGCGAAUUCUAAUUUUGGACGACUUACUACGCGCCUUACAAAAGCUGUGCGCUGAUGAGGCGUUGAAUUUGUGAUUUUUGACUGACAAUAUUAUGAUAGAGGAUCAAAAGAAAUCAUCAUCAUACACAGAGAGAAACCAAAAUUUGAAGAAGAGGAAAAACGGAUCUUUUAAUCAUGAAUGCAGUCUCAACGGGUUGUGGGGAUAACGUGGAAGAUGGAAAAGGCAAUUCAGACGGAGCAACGCCAAACCCGAACCCGACAGGUGGUUGGUUCUGGAUAACUGAUCCUGCCGCGGCUACCAACAAGAAGAAGAUGCGAACCAGUCAGAGCACUUCCUCUCUCCAGCUCUUCACCCUCAAGACCACCAAACCCAGCAACAUUAGACAAGACAAGGGAGCCGCAGCAGAGAACACACGUGACGAUGUCAGUGAUGAUCACCAAGACGAAGUGGUGAAUGAUGAGGAGCGAAACGUAGUUCUUCGCAAGUCGGUGAGUCUGAUUGACAUCGAGGCCGCCUUGGACAAGGAAUUGGUGACAUAUGAGUUUGAGGUGAUUCCGGUGACGCCCAUGGAGGAGGAGGGCGUAGAGAGAGGGAAUCUGGAGAGUAAGUUGAAAGGUUUCGGAGAUGAGGGAAUUCAAAGUGGUAUUGAAGCACACAGCGUUUCUUCUGUCGGUUCCGACGAUCAUGACGAUAGAGAAGGACCUCAGGAACAAGACGAUGCUCUCCGGAAGAGUGCCGAGUCAGGACAAGGAGAGGAGAAUAAGAAUGAACAGAACGGGAAAAAGCAAGAUGGUCAUACGCGUGACUUUAGGAAGCUACAUCAAUUGGAAGAGAAACUCAUUAAAUCUCAAGCAACUACGAAGAUGUUACACAAAGCCAACAUGGGGUAUCAAGAUGAGAUUACCAACUUGACAAAAACUCUCGAAGAAGAAUCUGAAACAAGACGAGCUUUACAUGAAGGAUUAGAGGCAUCUAGAAAACUUUGCUGUGAGCUGUACGAAGAUCUCCUUCAAGAAAGAACAAAAUGUCGUAGUACAGAAAUUGCAGAGGUCGAGCGCCAUCUCUCGCCAAAAGUACUAAAAUUUUCUCUGUCGGAUGCUGCGGUCCAAACAGAUGUUGAACGUGUCGACUAUUUCAAUCUAAAAGCUGACCAAAAUCCACCUUAUAGCUUCAGAGACAAACAAAAUGUGUCCUCAGGGCCAGGGCCAGGGCCAGGGAGCUUCCUUCCAACACAAGGCAGUAUGUCCUACCCACAAGCUACAGAGAUACCUAGAUAUGGCUUCUAUCUCUCACAUCUCUUGGAAGAGUAUAAAGAAAAUCAGAAGAAUCUGGAAGUACAGUUGAAGAAUCUUAGUGCACAGUGCAGAGAGAAAGAUGAAGACUUGAAGGGUGUUAAGGAUAAGCUGGGAGGACACAUCCGCCUUAACACACUGCUCCAGUCAGAGAAAGUGUGUUUGGAGGAGACUGUAGAGCAGCUGAGAGAAGAACUCAAGUCAUGUGAUCAUCUGAUCCAGUCAUGUGACUCUGUGCUGAAGGAGAAAGACCGAGAGAUUCGUAGGCUGCAAGAGGCAAAGUAUGAGUUGGAGCGUCGCGUUGCCGAGUUUGAGUACAGAGAGAAGGAGCUGCAGGGGAUGGUGUGCGGCUUUCAGGAUGACAUCGGAGACUUGGCUUCAGAGAGGAAGAAACUCUGCAAGUGCGUGAAGAAAGCCAGUAAACACCAGUCCCCAAGACAACAGGUCAAGGUUCCUCAGCCCACAAAGAAAGCAACUGAUGAGAGAGGAGUUGAACUACAGGCAAAAGCUGAACUUCUAAAUGCCAUCAGAGAGAUUGCUUUCAAGUUUUCAACAAGCCCAAGCAAGUCCACCUAUCCUCAGCUGAAAGGAGACAAGGCUGAUAGAGAACAAUCACUCAAGGGUCAACCAAAGAAACAAACCACUGGAGAUGAUGACAAGGAGAAGGAGAGCUGUACAGCACGCUCUGUCAAGGAACCGAUUCCAUUAACCAGAGAAAACUCACUAAUCGUAAAGAAGACCAGUGCAUGCAGUAUCAGCCAAGAAUCUGUUUCAACGUAUGAUACUCUUAACUCAGAAUUGGAGGAUGAGAGUUUACCAUCUGCCAGGGAAGAGAAGGGUGAAUCUCAAAGGCAUGAGAGCUUUCAACAUGAAAGAAGUACUUGCACUGACCUGAACAGUGAUGGCCAUCCUCCAACAGGCAAGGUCAGAGAGCUAGAAAGAAGAAAGAAGCUUGAAAAGACAGUGUACAUGUAUAUGGAGAGUAAGGAUGUCAAGACGAGGAAUAUGAAGAAGAUGUCCAUCAGGGAUUUGGAUGGCCAAGAGGUCAAAGCUUCAGGUGUCUUCCAUAGAUCUAGUCAUCAUGGUGACCUCACUGUCCUGGGUGGGUUGGAGGACGAUGACGAGGAGAAGGAGAAGGAUGAGGUGAUCUCAUCCUGUCACAAUCUCUACAGUGAUGUCAUGAACGAGCUAAGCUGCAAGAAUGCUGCUGCUAAAAUGACCACUGCAACUACCGCCACUGAGGGUGCUCCAGCGGAAGCCUGUACAGGAACUGAUGGCAAAGACUGCAACAGCUUGGAGGAUGCUUCCUCAAAUGACAGAGAUGACCAACUUAAACCAACAGAUUGGAGGGCAUCUCUUGAUUCUCCCCCUACUUCACUUGACAGUAGUUCUGAUGACUUUCUAGAUACUGUUACUAAGAGUGGAGCGAACAUGCAGCCUGCAGCCAAGAAGACUACAGGUUCAAGAAAGGUGAUAGCCUCUAUGGAGGAGGAGGAGAAUUAUGAAGACACUUCUGAUGAUGAUGAUUAUGACCUUAAGUUCUAUAAAAAUCAAGAUCACUUAUCUUCUAACAACUCCAAUGAUUCUGAUAAUGUCAAGGGGAGUAAUGCACAAACUGUAGAACCUCGUAAAUUACCAGACAGCUUUGCCACAGUCAAAGGAACCAAACAGGAUCAGGUAGAUGAAACCACUGAUCUGGAACUUGGAAGUGAGAACAUAGAUGACCUUCUUUCUUGGGAAUCACCGCAGCGAGUGGAAGAGAUGAGGAAAGGUGACGUGAGCAGAUCACAUAGAAUCUCUCCUAACCACUGUGGAGAUGACUUGCAAGAAGACGAUCUUGAGUUCUGUGUUACAGAUGAAGAGUAUGAUGUCGGGGAACAGGAUGGAAAAUGUCAGAAUCGAGGAGAAGAAACCGUCCCAUUGCUUGAUUACCAUGAAGAACCUACAUUUCCUUGGAAUGAAAGGGACUUUGAUCUAUAUGAUGAAUAUAUGCAUCAAAAGAAAGUCAAGCAGGUCACUGAAGGCUUACAGAUCAGAAACAAUAUCUUCCAAAGUGGACGACACAGUAGGUCUACAGGCCAGAGACAGUCUCCCAAUUCUGUCAGGAUCAAGAAGGAAAUCGCCAAUAGAUUCAUGAAGCACAGCAACCUAGAUCCAGUAGACUCUGGAAGGCAGACACGCCAUCCCAUCGCUACUGGAAGGAAAGACAUGGAUAAUGGUGUUAUCAGCUCUGGUGGGAAGACCCUUAAAGACUCGUCAGGUCCCUUCUCUGUCCGUCAUUCUCCACAUGGAAGGUACAGCUCCCUGGAAGACAGUGAUGAUCUCCAUCUUGAAGACAUCCAUGAUCUGAGUAAGACUGGUAGUGAGGAGUCUGAGAGUUCUUGUGAUAGUUCUAGAGAGGCAUCACCAGCCGAGGGGCUCAUAUUACGCAAACAGGUCAUGGAGAAUUAUGCUACCAGAGCUAAUGACAGAGCCUGGCACUAUGUGUACAUGAAGCAGGACGGCCCAAGAUUGAUGUUCUACAAAGACAGAAUGGGCAAGGAGCUAGGUGCCCACAUAGAAGAGCCCCUCGUAUUAACCAAUGCUAUCAUAUCAGUUGCUAAGGAUUACUUCAUAAGGAAACACGCCUUUAGAGUCCAACUUCCCAAUGGCCACCAAUGUUUGUUUGCAGCCAAGGAUGACCGUGAGAUGAUGUACUGGGUUUGUCGGCUGGAUGCUGCCGGAGCUCCUCCCACAUCUCGCCAUGGCGACGCCUACUCCUCCCGCAACCCUGCUGCCAUCACCACCAUUCCUCCACCCACCAGCGGCUCACCCACCAGAUCAGAGAGAUUCAAGAACUUGAUCAAGGGUGGUAUUUCAGCACUGCUCAAGUAAAAGCCAUAUUUACUCUAGGCCUGUCUGUGCCAGUUUAGCUAGCUCAUGUGGGAUCAACAAUGUUUGUAAGAUUUACAUCAAGGUAUAUCUUUAAUAAUCAUAGAAGGUCAUCACAGGGGUAUAUCAGCUCUGCACACUUAAUGCGUUUGAACUUUUUUUCUUUACUUCUUCCUUUUCUUAAUUUCGUGAUUAUUUUCUUUCAAAUUUUGUUUGCUUUGAUGAUCUCAUUCUUUCUUUUUUUAAUAGUUAGAAAGGUAUAUGAUUCCUUUUGGGUUUAAAAUGCAAAAACAUGAUGAAGGUAUUUUGUCAUAAAUAUAGCAAAACUGGUAUUUAACCUGUAGCAGGUUUAUCAAAAUCGCUCUGCACAUGAAGCCACUUUCAUCAAGCUUUCUUUCAUCAGUUAUCAGUACACAUGUGUUUUGAUGAAUACCAGGUACAGGAAUUUUUAAUAAAAUAGACAUUUUCAUCAAAAACUUGAGGAGGGCCAUCAUGCCCCCCCCUCCCUCCUCCUUCUUGCUACAUUAGGUAGGACAAACAUUAUGGCGUACUCCACCGAACAACACGUAAUAUACUUGUAUGCAAUUUGCAUUCUGACUAUUGAAUACAAUUACUUGUAACAGGUGAAUGAAAUAGUUUGUAUCAGGCACUGAAGUAUAAAUUUUGUUACAUUACGAACAAUGGCCUACUGAAAGUAGGUUUGUUUUGUAUGAUUGAAGAUCACAUGACUAUGAACAGAGAUAGAACCUUCGCUCAGUACUGAUUGUUCCAUUCAAGCUCUACUGAACAUUGAGUUAUGAUCUAAACAAUGGUAUCGCUCGACAGUGUCAGAUUUGGCAAUGCUCCCUACAAAAUAUUUGCUUAGAUGGGGCUUUAAAGAAGUGAGGGGUUGCUACCAAUAUUUUAUUGUUAAAAAGAAGGCCCAUGUACCCAUUCCUGUGCCUGAUGUUUCUAAUGGCUUGUGAUUUUCGGCAAGAUUUAGUCAAUAUGUUAUAAUUUGAUGAUCCCGAAACAGAAUAAACAUUCAGAAUAACUUCUUGAUAGCUUCCUUCAAAUACAAAUGCAGCAUUCAAUUUAAUCUUUGAAUACAGUCAAAGCCUCCAAGGGCUAAUAAAACAUUUUUAUAACAAAAGCAGGAAUUCUAGUUCCUUGCAAUAAGCCCUUAAAGAGGCAUGCUCAAUAAUAAGGGAGUUUCAGAAUGCCAUGUUUGUUCAAUUUAAUCAUCUGUAUUAAACCAAAAUGUACUGAUGUAUAUGAUAUCACUGUUUUUGCGAACAAAGAAGCUUGCUGAAUUAAAGUCUUUUAAUGAAAACCGGUUGUAGAUCAAGGUUGUAUCGCUAUCCAUAUGUGCAUGUGUGUAUUUAUUAUUCACAUAUUUCUGCUUAUCAUCUACAAGGAUUGAGAAAAGUUGCUUCAUAGUACCACGUAGCCUAAUUAACAUUUAUUGGGGGUUUUGAUACAAAUUAAUCUGGAGGGAAAUCAUGAAUAUGAUGGCUUUUAGCUUUUAUCCCUAAGCUCUUUUCCCAAGCUAACGUGAAUCUCUGUUAAUUGUAAAAUCUAAAUAUUGCGAGAACCUUUAGUCGGUUUCAUUUCUAUACCCUGGUAAUAUGAUGUCAUCAUACCAAUAUAGAAGCAUACGUAGUGCCAUGGCAUCCCUCCCCAGUUUGUGUAGCAUGCAUUGUUGCACUGGGUUCAAUUAAAAUUCAGUUUUUCUCUGAGUUUACUUAUGUCUUUCCCAUUUUCAUAUUAUAUUUGCACAUUGCCUGUUCAGAGACAGAAGGGCGUUUAAUAAAACUGUGUUAAAUAUGAUUUAAUGCCCUUAUGGCUCAAAGAGACAAUUUAUUUCUCUUCUGAACCUGCUGUAUAUGCCAUGUACAUUGUGUACUGUGCAUAUCCACUAGCAAGUGCAGUAACUUAGUGAUUAAGGAGAGUGUACUUGUGUUUAUAAAGGGUUUUGUCCUGCAUGUAUUUGUUUAGUAAGCCCAUUCACAGUAACAACUUUAUGUUAUCAGCUGUCUUUUUUAAUAAUUUCUUUGAAUUGAUAGAAUUAAUUAUUUUGAGCUCCCACAGCUGUUGGGUUUGGGUAGGCUCCUAUCUAGAAUUGAAUAUAACCAUUAUAAUUGCUUGUCACCCCUUUUUUUCAAUCAUUACUAACAGUUGAACACAUCCAUUGUGCCCAUCCCUACAAUUCAACAAAGGAAAAAAUAAUAUCAUGAAAAAAGCUCAUUUCUAGGAGGACUGAAGCGUGAUACAGUAAAUAUUGAUUGCAGCAACAAUACCGUUGUGAGGGGGGCUGUAAAAUCCAUUGGUGAACAAUUGCUUGCUCACUCAUUAAGAUGGUUUAUUAGCAAAGUUCAAUAAAGUGUUAGCUUUGUCUUUCAAUAUUUGAUGUUAUGAUAUGCGUUUGUGUGAGUCAAUAUAUCGACACAAUAGAUCUAGUGGCAUAAUGUGCUCAGGGUGCUAUGUUUACUACCUGAAACAGUCACACAUAGAGUUUGCCUUAGUAGUGGAUGUUUGUUAAUGGCAGAGCAUUUUUUCAUGGAUUGGUUAUUUAAAAUUAGCUUUAUCAGUUUAUGUCAGAAUAGAAUGAAAAUACACACUAGUAUCAAGUACAUGUACAAUGAAGUUUAGUUUCGUUUUGUUUAUUUCAUUCUAGCGCGGUGGCAUACUUCAGCAUGACCGUGCAUAUAUAAAAGCAAUCACAAUUUUACAAAGAAACAUAUAGUCUCUUUCCAUAUUCCCAACUAGCUCCCUUCAUUUUUAUUUGUCUUUGUUUCUUGUUAUGCAUGAUGUUAUACAGGUAAACAUAUCACUGUAACAAAUGAUCAGUGGUAUAUUCAGAUUCAGAAAUUUCCCCAGAAAGGAGGGGGGGGGGGGGUAUGAUAGCUGCAUCUACACUGGUUCUUCCAGUGAAAUGCAUUUUUUAUGUAAAGGUCUACUGCAUAUUAUGAUACAUUUGUAUAGCAAUCAACCACAAGUAAACAGCAGCAUUUCUGCUGUUUAUUUUGUUUGCACUUAAUUUUCACCUAAAGGUACAAUGAUUUAUUAAAUGAGUUUGUAACUUCUCUUUACCAUCAA